AGCAAGGUAACGACCUUCAAGACCGCAGUAACGAUUCCGGCACCGGCCUUGGCAGCGACAACAACGACCAGGAGAUAGUCUUCUGUUCUUUCUCUUCGGGUAUGGCGCUGUACACGAUUCCCAAGUAAUGGCCCGUUUUCAUAUAGCAGAGACCUCAGAAAUCUGGGUACCAAUACUAGUAUACUGAAACCAAAAUGAGCAUGUUCUCGCGCUCCACAGCUCCUCUAUGAGAUGCUGUCUCUCGCUAGGCCCCCUCAUGUUUUCGAACCACUACUUGUUUGAGGUCUCGACUAUGUCUCCAAUUUCCUCAGCGUCCACGGAACGUCCCGUAGGUACCAACUGCAUCUCAGGACACCACCAGGCAGGACCCAUGGGCGACUUCAUUCCGGCUUCCACAGCCCAAGCUGCUACAGCCGGUGGAUUACGCGAUAGUUACAUCGCCUUUGAAACCCAAGUUCGCAUCGCUAGACGACACCAAGCAGCAGUUCAAGGACUGAUAGACUCCGUCUGGAAAGAGUCCAGCAUCCAACUCUCACCAACUGAACUUGCCAAGACCAAAGCUCUGGUAGACCAAGACGCAGAGCGAUGCAAAUCUCGACUGAUGCUGUGCAGGACUCAGUCUAGGAAGGGAAGGAAAUGGAGAAAAGAUGAAACAGAUACGCCCGAUAAAAUGUUCACCUGAAGCAGGGUUCUACUCUGCUCCUGUAUCUUAGCCUUUGAAGACUUGCUACAUUGCUACUUUCGCUAUCCUAAAGUUUCCUUUCACCUGUAACAAUUCGAUUUUCUAUCAGUCAUUUGCAUAGCCCCUCUUCCAAGUCUCAGGCCGAUCAAGCCGGUCAACCAAAAGUCAAAACCACGAAAGGCAGUAGCAUAUCCAGAAAGUACGUAGGGACGCGAAGCGUGGACACCCGCGACCACACGUUCUUUCGCCAUGCUUAGUACCGUAUGAGCAUGUCGUUGGUUCUACAGGAGCGGGGUGAGUAUCCUAGCAAGACAGGCCAGGAUCGAUAGUCUCAUGUGAG